AUGAAGAGUAUGCGUGCGGUGUCCCUUGGGCAAGGCGCUGCGCUUGGGAGUGCGCACGGUGCAAUGCGCGCACCGCACAUGGCGGUGCGCGCGCUACAUGCGUCGCGGCCCGCGCUGGAUACGCCGCGCUCGCCGUUUCAAGUUUUUGUGCAGACGCUGCGCGAAGAACUGACAAAAUCGCGCGAGUUCCAGGAAAAUAUGCGGCAGCUGCAGGGCCGGACAGAAAAGUUUCAGGAUACCGAGACGAUGCGCAAGGCGCGUGAAGCGUACGAUCGUGCGCGCAUUAUUUCGUCGAUCAAGCACAACCCGCGUCUGCAGUACGCCGCCGAGCAACUGCGCAAGAGUGGCGGGACGGUGGGAAGCGCAGUGAGCUCCACGCUGAAGCAGAUGGAAGAGAGCGAGCUUAUGCGUUCACUCUCUUCAAUGACCGGCCGCAUGCGCCGCCAGCUGGAGGACUCGACCGCACCGGUGCGCAACACGGAAGUGUACAAGGCGUUUGCCGCGACCAUUUCCGAGGCAUUUGACGAUGGGUCCGAUGGGAUCAACAUCCACCUCACCGACGGUAUGGAUGCCAAGGAAGUGCGCCGUCUGAAGCGCGAGAAGCGGCUGCGCAAGAUCGGAAAGCCCCCGCCUGUCGAGGACGUCGAGGCGAGCGCGCCGAGCGAGGCCAAGGCCGAGGACCCGAUUGUUGCCGCCGCUGCUGCUGCGGGCGAGGCUGCUGGGCGCGAGAGUGCGGGCGAGGCUGCUGGGCGCAAGACUGCCGGCGAGGCUGCUGGUGCUGCGAAGCCCGCGAUGGACGCGGAGGAGAAGCAGCAGCGGCGCAAGCGCCUCGGCGGGUACGCCGUCACGACGUACGUCGCUGCCAAUGAAGCCGCCGGCCAGGAUAUGGUGCUUGCGCCCGAAUCUGCGCAGAAAAAGUGGCGCAUUUUGCCAGAAGACACCGCCGUGCACCGCAAGAUGGACGAGUGGAACGAGCAGUUCCAAGAUUCGGAGCACCCUGUAGUCGAGCGCAUCCGUGGCAUCACAAAUACAGUUGCGUCCUGGUUCGCAGAGAACGAGACGGCGCAGGUAUCGCGGGCAUUCAAGCAAAUGGACCCCACAUUUACCAUGGCGGGCUUUACCAACGAUCUGCGCGAGUAUGUGAUCCCCGAGGUGCUCGAUGCGUACCACACGGGCCAGCGGCACCUUUUGCGGCAGUGGUGCAGCGAGGCGACAUACAAUGUGCUGAUGGCUACCAUCGACCCCUACCUGCAGCGUGGAUACAUCCCCGAUGGCCGCAUUCUCGACCUUUCCAGCGUCGAGAUCAUACAGGGCAAGAUGCUCGAGACGGGCCCGAUGCCUGUCCUGGUCGUGAGCUUCCAAACGCAAGAGCUCAUGUACUUUACGGAUCCACGCUCCAACGAAAUCAAGGAGGGCAGUGUCGAACAGGCAAACCUGUGCCGUUAUGCGAUGGUCAUGACCCGUGCCGAAGACGAGCUGCGCAAUGAAAUCACCGGAGGAUGGAAGAUUGUCGAGCUUGCGCGCCGUGGGCAGAUUGCAUUUAUGUAG